AUGGCAGUUCCUGACAAGUUCACCGGCUUCCAGUCCCCCAGCGCUGGCAAGUGGCUCGAGUUUGAGAAGGGCUCGUGGGAUCCCAGACCCUUUGGCGACUAUGAUGUCGACAUCAAGACAGAAUGCUGCGGUGUCUGUGCCAGUGAUCGCCACACCAUCAGCGGCGAUUGGGGCGACUGCCCUUACCCUCUGGCCGUGGGACACGAAGUCGUCGGCAAGGUCAUCCGCGUCGGCCCCAAGGUGACGCUGGCCAAGGUCGGCCAGAGAGUCGGUGUUGGCGCGCAGGUGUACUCUUGCUUGGAGUGCCGCCAGUGCAAGAACGAGAACGAGACGUACUGCAAGCACCAGAUCGAUGCCUACGGCGCCCCGUACCUCGACACCGGCUUCACAACCCAGGGAGGCUAUUCUUCUCAUUCUAGAAUCCACGAGUACUGGACAUACCCUAUCCCCGAAGCUCUGGAGAGCGCCGACGCCGCCCCCAUGCUGUGCGCCGGCAUCACCGUCUUCAGCCCCUUGAAGCGCUUCGGUGCCGGCCCUGGCAAGAAGGUCGGUGUCGUGGGUAUUGGCGGCCUGGGCCACUACGGCAUCAUGUUUGCCAAGGCCCUGGGUGCCGAGACCUGGGCCAUCUCCCGAACCCGAGCCAAGGAGGCUGACGCCCGCAAGAUGGGAGCUGAUGGCUUCCUUGCAACAUCAGAGAAGGACUGGACCAAGGGACACGAGAUGACGUUUGAUCUCAUCAUCAACACUGCCAACUCCUUCGAGGGCUUUGCUCUGGGUGAAUACCUUAGCCUGCUCGACGUCCACGGCCGAUGGAACUCUGUCGGUCUCCCCGGUGGUGAGGGUGUCUCCGUUCGAAACCAAGACUUCCUCGGAAACGGCUGCUUCAUAGGCAGCUCACAUCUGGGCAGCCGUAAGGAGAUGCUGGAGAUGUUGGACCUGGCAGCAUCCAAGGGCAUUCACUCUUGGGUAGAGAAGAUUCCCAUCUCCAAAGAAGGUCUGCAGCAGGCUAUGAACAGACUGGCAGACUCGAGCGUGCGAUACAGAUCAUGCAUGGUCAACUAUGAGGAGGCUUUCGGCGCUUAA